GUCGCAGAUGCAACUUGGGAAGCGUUUCCUUGUUUAUAAGCCUUGCCACCAGUGUUCAACGAAUAUAGUAAACGAAGAGAGCGGCUUAUGAAGAUGACACGGAUCCUAAAGUGCUUGGAAGCUCUGUGCAACUUCGGCCGGAAUCUGUGUUAGCGGCAGCUAACGGCGCCAGCUGUCGGGGGCGGUCCUCCGAGGGCUAGAAGACCCAUCUCUAUGGUCAAGCAAACCGAGAGCGGUCCUCUCUCCCCCACGUGGUGGGGCUGCGCAUGAGCAGUAGCCGCUGCUCGGGAAACAUGGCGGAGCAAGAGCAAAGAAAAAAGAUCCCUUUGGUUCCAGAAAAUCUCCUGAAAAAGAGGAAGGCUUAUCAGGCCCUUAAAGCCACUCAAGCAAAGCAGGCGCUUUUGGACAAGAAGGAGCAGAAUAAAGGAAAAAAGCUCAAGUUUAAGCGACUGGAGUGGUUCCUUCAUGAUUCCUGGCGGCAGCAGCGUGACAGGGUGCGCCUCAGACGCCUGGAAGUGAAACCUCAUGGCUUAGAAGUGCCAGAUAAACAUUCCUUGGCCUUCAUUGUACGCAUCCAAAGGAUUAAUGGGGUGAGUUCACUGGUACAGAGGACCAUUGCAAGGCUGCGCCUGAAGAAGAUCUUCAGUGGUGUCUUUUUCAGAGUAACCCCCCAGACCAUGAAGACACUGCGGAUAGUGGAACCUUAUGUGACCUGGGGAUUUCCAAAUCUGAAGUCUGUCCGGGAACUCAUCUUGAAACGUGGACAAGCCAAGGUCAAGAAUAAAACCAUCCCUUUGACGGACAACACAGUGAUUGAGGAGCAUCUGGGGAAGUAUGGUGUUAUUUGCUUGGAAGACCUCAUUCAUGAAAUUGCCUUUCCGGGAAAGAAUUUCCAGGCCAUCUCUGCGUUCUUACGUCCUUUCCACCUCUCAAUGGCCCGACAUGCUACCAAGAACAGAGUGGGCUUCCUCAAGGAGGUGGGCUUACCUGGCUAUCGAGGUGAACGCAUCAAUCAGCUCAUUCGGCAGCUGAAUUAAACCCAGAAUAUCUGGAAGCACAGUGCAUUGGUGGCAUGUGUUUUGUCUUCUGGAAUUGUUACCAGUAUCUUCAAAGAAGAUUAUUUUCUGCUCUAUCUUCAGAAACUAGAGGGAGGGUCAAGGAAAAGAUGAUGCUCCUGGCAGGCACUUCUGACCACAGCAGUUUCAAGGAAAAAUUCCAGUGUAUUUUCCACAUUGCCUGCCACUGCCACCUCUCAAAUCAGCAGAGGACUCAUGCCAUAGAAGGAGUCCUGCUGCGUCACAUCUUCUGUUCUGAGGUUUAAUGGUGAACGAAUACCCAAACGUGAAUGGAAGACGGCAGUGGACCAAGCUCAGGGACAUACUUGAACCUGGGGGUUCUGGGGCCUUGUUUUGGACAGACCUUGAAAUAGUUACAAAGAAGAGCACAAAAACAGUGCUCAGCUGUCUCUGCUGUGA